ACAUGUGAGUUCCACAGGUGGGCUGUUCACCUUCGCCACUCAGAAGGCAGGCGCGCUUCUCGGUUAUCUCGCAGAAUGGCGACGGAGGCGAAGCCUGCUGCUGCCGAAGAUGUUAAGAUGGAUCUCUUCGAGGACGACGACGAGUUCGAAGACUUCGAGAUCGAUCAAGAAUGGGAUGACAAGGAAGAAGGUAAAGAAGCCCUGCAGCAGUGGGAGGAUGACUGGGAUGAUGAUGAUGUUAACGAUGAUUUCUCCCGACAGUUGAGGAGGGAGCUCGAGAACAAGUCAGCGAAGAGUUGAAUAUUAACUUUACAGAAAAUUCUUCCAUCCAUAUCUCUGUGCUUAAUCGUUACAUUUGUUCGUCCAUGGUUCACUGAUUUGACAAGUUGGAUUUUGCUGCAUCGAUUAGGAUUUGCUUGGGCGAUCCAAAAUUUCCUAUGAGUCACUUCUAUCAGUCCAUUAUUUUGACAUUUUGAUAGUGACUUGUUCUAUUUCUAGCCUUCCAUAUGGUUCUAUUGACA